AUGGCGUCAGGUGGCUUUCCACCUCUGCUGAACGGCUCCGGUGAUGCAGAGGGUUACCCUAAAGGAGAUCUCAAUAGUUCACUUCGUUAUGGUGUUGAUAGUGGUGUCUCUGGUACACCGAAGACUGUUCCUACUCCGUCUCUCUCUGAAGAUACACCAAAAUUUGGUUCAAUUACGUGGUACGGGAAGGUGUUGUGCAUAGGGAGGUCAUUGCUAGACCAGGUUCAGGUGUCGGUUUUCUACUACACAGACUGCCAAAACCAGCUGAGGCUAGCAUUCUCAAGAGAAUUGAAAGUCUGUCUCGACAGAGUCAUUGUUAGCCCAAACAACCUUUCAGCUUGGCUGCAACGUAUCCUCCUUCCCAUUUGUACGCUAACCCUGUUCAAACCGAGAAGCUCAUCAGAAGAAAAAUUAGGGAACCAGAAGAGAUUACAAGUCGCGGCUAUCAUCAAUGCACUUUCAGUUUGGAAAGAGCCGAAUGGGUGUUUUAUUUUGGAAAACAAAUUACUUCAGAAACCUGUACGUACUGGGGUUAGGAAGUCAGAUUCAAAGAAGCAGGGAUCUGCCAAUCUGUUGGCUUGCCAGAAGAAAAUUAGUUGCGGUCACUUUGCUGCCGCAAUCAGGGUACUUUCUUCAUCUGGGGUGGCUCCAUGUAAUGAGUCUAUGCACCAAGAUUUGCUGGAUAAACACCCACAUGCGCCCCUUCCUGUUGUGCCAAGUGAUGAUAUUUUGGUUGACGCGGUAACAGUGGACUCUUGGGCUGUAUUGGGUGUUAUCAAGAGAUUCCCAAAAGGGACAUCGUGUGGCCGGGAUGGACUUCGUGCACAACAUUUGGUGGAUGUGAUGAGUGGGGAUGCAGCUGCAGUCGCGGAUAAUUUACUUGCUUCAAUCACAGGGGUUGUCAAUCUUUGGUUGGCUGGAAAAUGUCCCGGGAGUUUAGGCGAGUUCAUUGCCAGUGCACCCCUAACUCCGUUGCUUAAACCUGGAGGUGGUAUUAGGCCAAUUUUUUUUGGCACGGUUUGGCGAAGAUUGGUCUCUAAAGUGGUUUCUUUCUCUGUUGGAAAGGAUAUGACUUCGUAUUUGGGAGAUUAUCAAUUCGGAGUUGGUAUGCCUUCUGGGGGGAGUAUUUUACAUGCUGUAAACUACUUACUGGAGAUGAAAGGUCACUCAGAUAAAAUGUCAAUGCUGCUCAUUGACUUUUCUAAUGCUUUCAACAUGGUGAGUAGAUCUCAGCUCAUCAAGGAAGUCCGUCUUCAUUGUCCAGGUAUUUCUCGCUGGGUAGAAUUUUGUUACUCGAGACCUGCUAAACUCUACUAUAACCAGUAUAUUUUGUCGUCUGCACUUGGAGUUCAUCAAGGUGACCCCUCGGUCCCUUGUUGUUCUCGUUGACACUUCACCCUCUAGUGAAGACUAUCGC